AUGCCGCGUCGAGCCCGCCAACCCUUCAGCACCGCUCGCUUUCUGUGCGACAUCUGUGGGAAGGCUUGCCUGUCAACUUCGGGCUUGACUCGACACCGAAACAGCCACCCUUUACUUUCCAACGCUGCUGCUCUCGGCCGGCUCACCGCCAACAACCAACAUCAAACUUCUCCAGAGUUGGAGCCUAUCGACGACCCUCUGCCAUUCCCACCUCCCUCACCGCCGCCCGAGGCACCUCCAGCCUCAGUGGCUGAACCAAUCGCGCACGAGCGUGUGCGAAUCAAGCACCAUCCUGUGCUUGAUGGGACACCCUGCGAUGCCGAUGGAUACGACCUCCCUCCUGGCGCUGCACCCCCACCAUUGGAUGAACGCGCCGAGGACGAUUGGGGCUCGUUCGACACCCGCGCUCAAUUCGAGUUCGCGGAGUUCAUCUUCAAGCGACAAGAGAUGUCGGGGGAUUCCAUUGAUCAACUGGCGCAGUUUAUGGCAGCACUAUACAAGGACGACCCGUAUUUCAACAACCAUCACCAUCUCUAUGCGAUGAUCGAUGAGAUACAGCAGGGCGACAUUCCCUGGCAGUCAUUCUCUGUCCAGUACACCGGCCCGCGUCCUGAGACAGGCGAAACACCCUCGUGGAUGACACAAACCUACGAGGUCUGGUUCCGGUCGCCGCUCGCUAUCUUUGAGCGACAACUAGCCAAUCCGGAGUUCAGGGAUGAGCUCGACUGGGCUCCCAAACGCGUUUUCAAGAACGACAACCGACAGUUUACUGAUUUAAUGUCCGGUAACUGGGCAUGGAGGCAAGCAGAUAUCAUCGCCAAAGAUGAGAAGACACAUGGAGCGAUGUUCGUUCCCAUUGUUACUGGCAGCGACAAAACCACGGCUUCAAUUGGAACUGGGAAUGUCGACUUCUGGCCGAUGUAUGGAGGUGUUGGCAACGAGCAUAAUAGCGCUCGACGUAGUCAUCGCGAUGGUAUCGCUUUGCUUGCAUUCCUCGCCAUUCCAAAGACAAUGAGUUUCGCAAAUUUCGACGACAGCUAUUCCACUCGUCCAUCCGCCGACAGCCCGCUGCGGUCUUGCGAGCAUACUGCAGCUCUGCUGGAGACGUUGACGCUGAAGGAGAUGUGGGACAACUAUGGGGUUGUGGGGGAUAUAAUUCCGUUUACAGCGGACUUUCCUCGUGCCGAUAUUCACGAACUCAUUUCGGUCGAUCUUUUACAUCAAAUUAUUAAGGGGACAUUCAAGGACCAUAUCGUCGACUGGAUUGAAUUGUAUAUCAAGCAAGUGAAUGAGCCUGCACAAGCUGAGCGUAUUCUGGCAGACAUUGAUCGACGUAUUGCUGUGGCUCCACCGUUUCCAGGGCUGCGACGUUUUCCUGUCGGGCGAGGCUUCAAACAGUGGACGGGAAAUGAUUCAAAGGGUUUAAUGAAGGUCUAUCUUCCAGCAAUCAUUGGCCAUGUUCCAAGUGAAAUGGUUCAGGCGGUUGCAGCACUAAUUGAAUUCUGCUACCUGGUUCGCCGCUCGGUAAUUGAUGAAGAUACCCUUCAGAUAAUUGACGAGACGAUCCGGCGCUAUCAUCACUACCGUGAGGCCUUCCGAGUUGUACGUCCGCAAGGAUUUUCGCUCCCUCGGCAGCAUGCAUUGAAGCAUUAUAUUGCUCGCAUCAUGGACUUUGGUGUUCCAAAUGGACUUUGCAGCUCGAUCACGGAGUCGAAGCAUAUCCGGGCCGUAAAGCGACCAUACCGCUGCUCUAAUCGAAAUAAACCCCUUGGUCAAAUGCUCCUCUCGAACCAACGACUCGACGAACCACGGGCUGACUUCACUGCCCGUGGCAUGCUAUCUGGGUUGCUAUUUGCAUCACCGCUGGCACCUGUAGAGGAGGAACCUCAACCAGUAGAGACCACUAUUGAUGAUGAUGUGGAAGAAGGGGAUGUUCCGGGCCCUACCUGCCUAGGGGAGGUAACUCUUGCAAAGAGCUGUGGUACUGUCUUCCUCCUGUCAGGGUUCGGGUCGGGCCAACGGGGCCCUAUACGGCCCGACGGGCCCUCACCACCCUUAGAGCCAAGCCCUCAUAUAUUCACAAGCUCAAAGCACUGA